AACCGCACGUACAAAACAUUAUCAAUCAAAAUAUGAAGUUGUCAGAGUUAGAAGCAGCAGGAACAAAGUGCAAAGAGCACCCAAAUUACAGGCAACUACCUGGUGUUUGCUCUUAUUGCUUAAGAGACAAACUUUCAAAGCUAUGCAACAACAAACAAAUUCACCAUGUACCUCAAUCUCCUCAACCAUUUUCUUCAACCUUAUCAAAUUACAUGUCUCAAGCUCAUAGCCGCCGUCACCGCCGUCACACUUCUAGUGUGAUGGAUUCUGCUUCUUCCCUGGUUGGAUUCGAUUAUGAGUUGAAGAAGAGCAAGUCCGUCGCUUUUGUUUCAAGAAGCCAAAUUAGCGGUAGGGAAUUCAAUGGAGAUAACAAGGAAAAUAAUAAGAAAGGAAGCUUUUGGUCCAAGCUACUCAAAUUGACAAGAAAGGACACCAAGGAAGCCUUCAUGCAUUCAAGAACAAUGAGGGAGAGAAAGGGUUGACUUUUUGUAAACAGUUUAAUAAAACUUAGAUCCACUUUUUUUAAUAACUUAACUGCACAUAAUUAAAUUGUACUUGUGCAAUUUGAAGUGUUCAUUCUUUUGUUUAGGAAUUGUCGAUUACUUACUUUACUCCCUAAAAUUAAAAUAAAUUACUCGACAUGGAGGAGCUAAAUCUGAA